AUGACGAUCAGGGCGUUGCAACAAGUAUCCGUCGGCCGGAAUGGCGUCGGGUCCUUCGUCCUGCAAUGCAAGAAGCUAGACUUCCACUACUGCGACUUUGGCGGGAGUUCCAAAGGGAUGAACGGCUUCAUCAAAUCCCUCCUCCCGGCAUUCGUUACCGCCAACCCGCAAGUCGAAUUCUCCGUCUCCCCGCGGCCCUCGCGCCACCCGGUCAUCAUCGCCCAGUACAUCAACGGCCGCGAGAAAUCGGUGUGUGUCCGCAACAUGCAGCCGUACGAGAUCCUCAAGAAGGCGACGCUCCUCCGCGACUCCAACGGCGAGAAGAACAAGCGCACCGUUAAGCCUGUCCGGUCGAUCAACGAGUCUGUUCGUGGUGUAUGGUCGCCGUACCAUGGGAAUGGGUUGCGGGUGUAA